GGUGUAGCCGCACGGAGCGGAUAGCCGGCUGCACAUGUUGACAUUGACAGCGCUCAUGUGUUCCAGCUGGUUAGAUUAUAAUUCAAUGUUAUGACGCGAGAUUUAAAGACUUUACGGAGUUUCUGAGGGUCAGAAUGUGGCAGCAGCUCCGCAGAGUGCAGAGAAGCCGGACAGCGCGCUACGGGCUGCCGAUGUUGCUGCUGGUCGUGGGCGGCUCUUUCGGACUCAGAGAGUUCACGCAGAUUCGAUACGACGCUCAGAAAAUCAAGAAAAAGUUGGAUCCAGCGCUGGAGGUCAGAGUGAACUCUCAAAAGCAGUCUGUGAUUCUGGAAGAGGAGUAUGAGAAGCUGAAGGAGUUGGAUCUUGACGGAUGGAGGAACAUUCGGGGGCCGCGGCCGUGGGAGGACUCGAAGGAGUUUCAGAAUCAGCAACGUGAGGAGAUUAGUAAAGGGCAGUAAAGAGAAUGACCACAUGGACCGGUCACUCAGCCUGGACACAACUUGCGUGCGUGUGCGCGUGUGUGUGUGUGUGUGUGUGUGUGUGUACAGUCUGGACUGUGUAUGUUUGUUUCUCCUGCAGAUCAGCCAGAAUAACAAGAGUUUUAAUCCUGUAAUAAUUCUGCUCAGCGAUAAACCGGAAUUAACGUUUGGCUGAAAAACGAUGACAAAGAAUAAAAACAGUUUACAUAAAAUAAUCUUAAUAAACUGAUUACAGUUUGUACUGAAUGUUCCUCUGAAAUCCAGCAUCCACAACAGCAGCGAUCAGCUGAUCAACACACUGAGCUCCAUUACUGUUAGUGAUUCUCUGCUAGGGCUGGGCGAUAUGACAGUAUAUAUCGUUAUCGUGAUAUUAAUUAUGUCACAAUACAAUUAGCUUUUCUGAAUCUGUUGUGUGUACAAUGUAGACACUGAGCAACUGCACAUUUCAUUAUAAAGAGAGCAAAAUUAGCCCUGUUUGACUGGAUUUAGUGACAAAUAUUGAAUAAAAAUCACUGUGUUCAGUUUUUGAUAUU